AUGCUUGAACAGGGUCAGCAACAGCAAUCCAGAGGGCGACCCGCUCCGGCUGUUUCGCCCAAACCAUCACGCAGCCCGCAGCCCAGAAAGCCGGCAGCUUCGCCACAGAAACAGAUUGUUGUCAGGUCUGUUCCCAAUGACGAGGCGCAGCAAGAACAACCGCCGCAAGAUGGCGCUAAGGCGGUUCACUUGCAGUACAAUUCUCCUAUGGGAUUGACAACAUCCACCGUGUCUCCACAGGCAAAACCGGGAGAGUACUUUGAUGGAUCGGGCAUGUCGCAUACCAUGUUCGCAGUAGACGAUUCCGAUGAGUAUCUAUACCAAUUACUUAGCCAACACAAACACUUAAUCGGAAAAACAGUCGAAAAGAACAUGGCACCUAAACCAAAUGAUUAUCAGGCCCCGGUCACCCAGUAUGUGCCCAUUGCUCAAAUACAUGAGCAGUAUCAACCAGAAAUGGAUAUGGUCGAAGGACAACCACGAUAUUCGAAGGUUGAGCCACCAGUUAGAAUCACUCCAGCUGAAGGUCUUGCUCAACCACCAGCACCACCUCUCAAACCCGUUACAAGACCAGUUGUUCCUCCCAAACCUGUGCAAAACAUGACACAAGCUGGACAAGAGAGCAUUCAAACUGAAAGAAGUCGAAGCAGAGAAAUCAAGGAAACGGUGCAGGUGAACGAGUCACCGCCGGUUUUGAAUAAAGAACCGCCUGAUGAUAGAACUGAACAGUCGGUAUUAAAUGAUACAAGUAUGAAUAAUGUUUCCACAAGUACUGAUGAAAAUAAAGAUAAGGUCAUAGAUCAGCCAUCAGAUAGGAGUGAAUCAGGUCAAAAUGUAGACGAGUCGGUAACACUUUCUUUAAAUAAUGAGAAUUCUAAUAAUGCUGAAGGUAAAUGUGUUACUGUUGAAUCAGAUGAAAAUAUAGCAGCCGAUGGCAAUGCUGCUGAUAAUAAGAACCUAGUAGAUCAAAUAGAUUCAACUAAAGCUGAAAGUGCGCCAGCGGUUAUAGAUGAAUCUGGUGAAAAUUCAUCGACAAUUAAUGAUAAAUUAGAACAAGCAUUAACAUCCGACAUAAAUGAACCUGUUGUUGAAGAUUCAGGCAAAAUUGAACAGUCCACAGAUAUGAAGGUAGAUGAAUCAAAAGAAAGUACUAGUGAGGUGGACUCUUGUAUUGAUACAGAGUCACUCAAAGAAAAGGGGGAGUUAGAUAACACAGAGGUAACAGGUGAAAUUAAUACAGAGGAACUGGGUAAAAAUGACGAAACGAGUUCUUUGAAAGAAUCUCAUUCAGUUGAGGAAAAAGAAAAAUCUGAACCCGAACCAGCAGCCAGUGAGGAGAAAGAUAACGCGUCUAAUGCGGAGGAGAAAGCAGAAAAGGCUGCUGAAGAACAGCAAAAUGUAUCAGAGGAAAAACCAGAUCUUGAGGAAGUAAAAACUGAAGAUCAAACUGUAGCAGAAAGUAAUGAAGUAGAUUCGACAAGCGAUGCAAAAGAGCCAACAGUAGAGAAAACUGUCGAAGAAACCGAUGGAAAUAUAGAAUCAAAGGAACAGACUAUAAAUGAAACUAUCACACUAGAAGGUGAAAUUGUAGAAUCUAAUGAGGAUACGAAGGAUAUGGUAGAACAAGUUGUAUUAGAACAGGAUUCAGUAUCAACGAGUAAUGUUGACGAGACUGUAAGUGGAUCACAGGUAGAAGAGGAAGUUGUUAUUGUGCUGCAAGAUGAUAACCAGCAGGAAGUUACUCCAGAAGUAGAAGAGUCUGUUGAAGAAAACAUGGCUAAUGAUGGAGAGAAAGGUGAGCAGCAAGAAGCUAGUGUUGGUGAGAAGUCAGAGACAAACGACCAAUCAGGAAAAGCAGAACCUGUAGAAACUGAACAGUCCAAAACACCAGCAGAGGAAACACAAGACCAACAGAAAGAAACAUCUGCAGAAGAAACUGAGGCAGUGGUCCCUGAAGAUGAAGUAGUAGAGGAUGCAGCUGCUUCAAAGGAAGUGGAAGAUUCCGAUAUCGAUUCUGCAGAGGUGAAAAAACCAAAAAAGAAAGAGAGAUUGGAUUUAUCACAGUUUAAGCAGGAGAAAAAGGCACCAGGAAAGUUGAAUACGAAGAAGUGGGAGACCUAA